AUGAGCGACCAACCGACGAACACGAAAGACAAGUUGAUCGAGUCCCUCGAGGUCGCUUUGGAUCAAGAACCGAGCUUCAGUAGUGGCACCAUGGCCCUUCCUCCCGACAGCUUCACGCUCUUCUAUCGGGACCCUGUCACUCACGAUGCGCGAUGUAUGGAUCUUUCUAACGCCACCGAGGAGCAACUCAAGCAUCUCUCCGACACUUGUGCUAUCGCAACGUUUGGACGAAAAAACGAAGACGUUCUCGAUGAAAGUUAUCGGAAGGCUCGAAAGCUUGACUGCAAGGACUUCCCAUGCCAUUUCGAUGCGGAACGGUCGGGAUUGGCCCGGGCGGCAUAUGGGCAGAUCCUGAGCGGAGGUAGAGGCACUCGACCUGUCAAGGUGGAGCUUUACAAACUGAACGUCUACGGCCCUGGCUCUUUCUUCAAAGCUCAUCAGGAUACGCCACGCGCAAAUAAUAUGUUCGGCUCACUCGUGGUAGUGUUCCCAACGAUGCAUGAAGGCGGCGCCCUAUCUCUACGGCCGGACGGCGAAGAUGAAACUGUAUUGGAUUGUGGCGAAUGGUUAUGCAACUCCGAGAUUCCCUCUGUCGCCUAUGUCUCAUUCUUCAGCGACGUCACACACGAGGUCUACCAAGUAGAGAAAGGUUAUCGCGUAACGCUCACUUAUAACCUCUACUACGACAAGUCGGCAUCCGCGACCAAUCAGGAUGCCAUUCCUAAGGAGAUCACCAACCAUGUCGCCGACCUCAGCCAAAACGUUACCCGUGAUUUCUCUCAACUGCUCGCUGACGAGACUUUCUUGCCCGAGGGAGGAAUACUUGGUUUCGGCCUUCGUUACCAAUACGCCAUCGGGCACAGUUCAUAUCACAAACUCGCCAAUAUUCUUCAAUAUCUCAAGGGAAGCGACGCCCUCAUCCACCGCCUUCUUACCAUGAACGGGCUCGAUGCCGAGAUGGUUAUGAUCUACGAGUUCUUCAGCUAUGAAAUCAUGACCCCACGUAUUAUCGGCGGCCUCGAUACGGUUGACGAGGAUUAUCUCCACACGCUGGUGCGCGAGAUCGAUGGUACCAUCAUUAGUACCUCUGAUGACUCCAAGUGGGCACAAGAAAGGGUAAAGGAAGAUGUUUGCUGGAUCACCGCGCGCUCGGAUAUUGUCAACUCUAGCUCCAUCGACUAUGGGACUUAUGGAAACGAACCGGGUAUAGGCACGUCGUAUGGCUCUGUGUCCAUGAUUGCCAGGGUGGGGCCACCAGGAAAAAGGGCGGUGCGCGAGUGA